AUGCACUACUAUGGGGACUGCUACAACCACCUCUGCCUGCCCGGCUCGGGCUGCAUCACUGAGACCAUCCAGCGCUGCCCUGCCCAGCCCGACGCCGGCAGCGCCACCUGCCACCCGCUCAGCAUCACCAAGAGCCCCGUGCCCAGGUGGCAGAGCUGCCCCCAGCCCUUCACCUACGUGUGCCCACAGCUGAGUGCCAGCCAGGCAGCUCUGCUGUCCUGCCAGCCCUACCUACAGAAGUGUGUGGUGCUCUACCCCGAGUCCUGCGAGACCACCAAGCUCCUACCCUGCAGGAAGCCCAGCGUGAAGCUGAGCACCCUGCAGAGCUUCCAGCCCUGUGAGACCAACCCCCCCGUGAAGAAGAGGGUGGCCAAGAGCCUCCCACCCUGCGCACCCAGGUGCCCGGAGCCCAGCAAGCUCAAGUUCCCACCGUGUGGGAUCAGAUCCUCCUCCUCCUCCUGCAAGGUCGGCUGCAGGUCGCAGAAGAUCUCCAGCUGCUCGGCGCAGCGCUGCAGCUCGGGGCUGCAGUCCCUGCAGGGGCUGACCAGUGGCUACUCCCAGCCCCUCCGGGGGGUCACCGAGUGCCCCCCGCAGCAGUGCACGGCGCAGUCCUUCCUGGGGGAGUACGUCAAAGGCUUCCCCCACCAGAAGUGCAUGAAGGGCUACCCCACCCAGGAGUACUUCACCACCUACUCCUCGCAGCCCUGCCUCACCAAGUCCCCGCCGCGGCCGCAGCCCCUCAAGUGCUCCCCGGGGCAGGGGACCAAGGAGCGUUCCUCGCAGCAGCCGGCAGCCAAGUCCUCGCUGGCUCAGGAGGGAGCCAAGCACAAGAGCUGCUCCGCCCAGCACCUCGCCAAGUCCAAGAGCCUCCAGCCCCGAGCCGCCCAGCACUCGGCGCAGCCCCAGGGCGCCGCCGCCAAGCGCUCCGGACACAAGAAGAGUCGCUGCACCUCCAGGUGGCUGUGGUGA